AUGAUGGACAAAAGCUCAGCCCAUUUUAGCCCGAAACGAGGGAGAAUGUUUCGUGGAUUGUGGCAACCGGAAGGUCAUAUUAAAGCCAAACGGAUGCCCAACCACAAGACUCAGACGUCAACAUCUGAUGAGAUCAAGUUACGCAUCGCUUUAGGCACUUUGGCAACAACAAAUUCCCUAGACAUGGUAACAGAACCACCACCUCGAGUUGUCCUUUGGGUCAAGGUACCACAAACUGGGCCUCCAAGCCAAGCAAUGGUCUUCGACUUCGGUUUCAGGGUCCAAUCUGUUCAAAAAUCCCUCUCAACUGGAUCGCAUGGUCAAUCAUCGGAGGGAUGGACUUUGUCUGCUUUUGCGGUUUUUGCGGGAAAUUAG